AUGACAUCUUUUGUAAAUGGAAAUGUAAAUCAUUCAAGGAAAGUUGCUCUUAUAACUGGAAUAACUGGUCAGGAUGGUUCAUAUUUAGUAGAAUUACUGUUAUCUAAAGGCUAUGAGGUUCAUGGCAUCAUCAGAAGAGCCAGUACUUUCAACACACAUCGAAUUGAACAUCUUUAUGCAGAUCCUGUAUCUCACACUGAAGGCAAAAUGCACCUUCACUAUGGUGAUAUGACAGAUAGUACAAGAUUAGUCAAGAUUAUUAGUGAAAUUAGACCCAAUGAAAUUUAUAAUCUUGCAGCUCAGAGUCACGUUAAGGUAUCCUUUGAGUUAGCUGAAUAUACUGCUGAUGUUGAUGCUCUAGGUGUACUACGACUAUUAGAUGCUAUUAGAACAUGUGGCCUUACGAAAGAAGUGAAAUUUUAUCAAGCUUCAACUUCAGAAUUGUACGGAAAGGUACAAGAAAUACCUCAAAAAGAAACCACCCCAUUUUACCCCAGAUCACCAUAUGGUGCAGCUAAAUUGUAUGCUUAUUGGAUAGUUGUAAACUAUAGAGAAGCUUAUGGUAUGUUUGCAUGUAAUGGUAUACUAUUUAAUCAUGAAAGUCCCAGAAGAGGUGAAACUUUUGUUACCAGGAAAAUUACCCGUGCUGUGGCUAAAAUAAGUUUAGGACAACAAUCAGUAUUAGAAUUAGGUAAUAUAGAUUCUAAAAGAGAUUGGGGACAUGCUAAAGAUUAUGUGGAAGCUAUGUGGAUGAUGUUACAAAAAGAUACCCCAGAUGAUUAUGUUAUAUCUACCAAUGAAGUUCAUAGUGUCAGGGAAUUUGUAGAAGCUUCCUUUAAAAUUACAGGAGUAGACAUUGUAUGGGAGGGUAAAGAAGAUACAGAAAUUGGUAAAGACAAAGCUACAGGUGUUGUUCGUGUUAAAGUAAAUCCCAAAUAUUACAGACCCACAGAAGUUGAGUUCUUACAAGGUGAUUGUUCAAAAGCUACCAAAGAAUUAGGGUGGACCAAAAAAUAUGACUUUGAUGCUUUAGUAAAAGAAAUGAUUGAAGAAGAUAUUGAAUUAAUGAAGAUGAAUCCUAAAGCUUAA